GAGUGAAUGUACUUUGGCAUCAUCACAACUACUUCAAAUGGUUCAAUUCUAUUGAAGUUCACAUCUUCACGCUCGAGGCCUAGGACUCCAUCAGAAGAACUUAGAUCAAGAGACAAUAGAUUCCCCAUACAUAUUGGAGGAUUUAGUUUGGCUCCAGUCACGAUUUCAAUUGGACAUGUGAAUAUGUUGUCUGAUCCUCUACUAUACAAACCCGCAACUUUCGUGCCAUUUGCUAGAGCCAUGUAUUUUCAUCAGACUUUCUUAUCAAUUGUCGCUCUUGCUCUUGUAUCUCGGGCUCUUUCUAUCCCUAGCAGAGCUACUUCAGGCACAAGUGACAUUGUCAUUGACACUGUCGAAUAUUUGAAUCAUCAGCGGACUAUUGAGUCCACAAGUGCCAAUGAACUCGACACACUUUCCUCGUACCGACAGACUAUUGAGUCUACAGGUGCUGAUGAACUCGACACACUCUCUUCAUACCGUCGAACGCCGUCCAACAAAGUCGUGUUCGAAGAGACUGAUAUCCUCAUAGUAUCAUUCUUGCAACGAAAAUGGAGUUUACGUGUCAAAUCUAAGUUCUUUGUAUGCGUUCUGUAUAUUAGCUAUAAGUUUAUGUUAUAAAAUAGCUUUCCCUAUGACAUUGCAUCCGGAAAUGUAGGUGUAACUUGAACCUAGUAGAAAGCC